CAGUAGAUCGCAAACUUGGGAGGAUUCGGACCCAGCAUCGCUCAGCCUGGCACAUGGACGCCCAGAGCCCUGGGCCAGAUGCCGAGCAAAAGGAUGCUGAGAUGCAGGACUCGGCCAAGACAGAGGAUGAGGUCAAGGAGGGCGCCUUGGUGCUUGCUGAGCCAAGUUCCCAAGUUGCGCUCCGAGCCCGGCGAUCAAAGGCACUUGUGCCUUUGUUCGUCGAGGAGAAAGGUCACGGCCGCGACGGCGAGUUGCUGCGUGACUUCAUCCGGCGGCGAGAGCACCUCAAAAAGGAUUGCCGUGAUUUGGCCGUGAACCGCUGGCUGAUCCGGGGGGACUUCUUCGACGAGUUCUUGAAGGAGUACGCGGAGCAGUAUGCACCAGGAGAUGAGAGCGUCGACGAGGCUGCGCUUUCAGAACAAGCUGGCCAGAUGGUCGAAGCCUGCAAAGACAUCAUGGUGGAGCCGAAGAGCAGAAAGAAGGUUGAAGAGCUGGAGGUGGUGGCGAAAUCCACAGAUGUCUACGAGCUGCGUGACACCCUGCUAGCAGCUGUGAAGGAUCUUACAACACCAAGGAGGAGAUUGGGCGUCCACACCAACAAUGUGAUGCCGGACAGCGCGAAGGAAUUUCUCAAGAAGCAAAACCAGAUGAGGCUCAGAAAAGUUGUGUUACAGUGCCUGAAGGGCAUUUGGGAGUCUGGUGUGGGAGGAGAGGUUCUGCAGAUGGCCUUGGACACGGUGAAGAGUCGGAUUGAUAGGUUCAAAACCAACUCAGGGGACUCUGACGUCAUCGAAGCCAUGGCAGGCCAACAGUGGGCCCAGCUGGAGGACUUGGUGACAAUCAUCGAGGAGCAGCUGAGCCAGGAGAAUCAGAAUGAAGGCUCAGCACACGCACGACAAAGGCUGGGGCCAAUAGAGGGCAGGCGUACAAAACUUGUCGUGGAUCGCGCCUUGGAAGCAAUGGGCGGACAAGGAACCAGUCGCCAGGUGGUCGAGUGGAUCGAAGAGCACCCCGAGGAGCUGGAGAAGCUGCGGGAGUCGAAGCUGAACUGGAAUGUGCGAGAAGGCCGCAACAAGCCGGUGUGGCAUAGCACUGUUCAGUCCAUCAUGAGCCUUUUCCGAAAGGUCCAGAAGCCCGGCCAGCCAGCCAUCUACCUGGCCAGCACUGCCCCCGAGGAGCCUCUGGCAAUUCUGGACGCUUCCCAAAAGCCUCCGCGGAGGGCCAAGCGCCCGGCCGACGAAAACGCGGCCGCCCCGGACCUCCCGGACCCGGCCGCGCCGGCGGCACCGGAGGCGGAGGCGCCGGCGAAGCCCAAGCGAGCGCGGCGGGAGCCCAAGCCCAAGGAGCCCAAAGAGCUUAAGGAGCCCAAAGAGCUCAAGGAGCCCAAGGAGCUCAAGGAGCCCAAGGAGCCCAAGGAGCUCAAGGAGCCCAAAGAGCCCAAAGAGCCCAAAGAGCCCAAAGAGCCCAAGGCUAAGGCGUCCAAGGCGCCCAAAGAGCCCAAGGCGAAGGCCAAAGCCAAGGCCGAUGGCCAGCCAGCCGAGAGUGUGCCAAAGAAGCUGGACGCAUUGGACAGCGCGCUCGAUGCGGCAUUUGCAGCUGCAGCCAGUGGGUGAUUUGACAGUGCCUAACACAUACCAGGGCUUGCCGGUGUUGCUUCCGGCAAACCGGGAUGUAUAAUUAAGCCAUGGGGAGGUGCAGCCUGCGCAUCCCGUUGUCUCUCUCGCUCCGUUUGCUCACUCGGGCCCAAGAGUUUCACCUCUGUACAGUGCGGUGUGGGCAG